GUGAAGAGACCACAGUGUCUCGUCUCCCUGGCUCUGAUCUCUGAUCUGAUCUCCCUCCCGAGUCCUGAUCACGACAGCCGCCGGCGGAGGACGGAUCCGGCGACCCUUCCGCGCCGUGACUCUUCAUCCGAGCCGCCCCCUCCCAGGGUGCAGCAAAACCAGUCAGAGUGUUGGUGGAAAUGGCAAGUACAGCAUGCUUUGUGAUUGUUAGUAAGAACGACAUCCCAAUCUAUGAGGCAGAAGUUGGAUCAGCACCGAAAAAAGAAGAUCUGGCUUAUCAACACCAGUUCAUUCUGCAUGCUGCUUUAGAUGUUGUUCAGGACCUAGCAUGGUCCACAAAUGCAAUGUUCCUGAAGUCGGUCGAUAGAUUCAACGACCUUGUUGUGUCUGUUUAUGUAACAGCCGGUCAUGUUAGAUUCAUGUUGCUUCAUGAUUCACGAAGCGAGGAUGGAAUUAAAAGCUUUUUUCAAGAGGUCCAUGAACUUUAUAUCAAGAUAUUCCUCAAUCCCCUCUAUCUGCCUGGAUCUCGCAUCACAUCCUCUCAUUUUGAUACAAAGGUCAGGGCUCUCGCAAGGAGGUAUCUGUAGGGACGCUCAUGGAGAAUCCAUAAGCUUCACAGGCAAUGUAGAAGCACGCAGAGAGAAGGCAAAACACUUCUGUUUUUUAGCUUUCAUUCCUUUUCUGCUAUCAUUUAUACAGACUCCUGAGAAAGGAUGAAAUUUGCUUUGGGCUUCCACCCGUGCUUAUGAUUCAUGGCUUCACUUUACAUCCAUUUUGCGUUGUACAGAAAUGUAUCGUUUCACGUUUCAAAGUAUAACAUGGACACAUUGUCUUGAUUUCCUUUUCUGUGGCGAAGACACUCAAAUUUAGUGGUGUAAAUUUUACCUUUCCCUUUUGCAUUGGCUGGUGAGAUCUUACCUUUCACUA